ACUUCAAGCAUUUUUAACAAACACCAAUUGUCAAAAUCCAAUCCAAAAGUGUUUAUUAUUUUAAUAAUAGAAAUUACUACUAAAUUAACUGAAAAACUUAAAAUUCAAACUGAAUAAUCUGGUUUAUUUUAAAGGAAAAAAAUAACAAAGUGAAAAUAGUUUGUUCAAAAAGAAAACGCAUAGAAAACGGAAAAUAUGAGCUAUCGUGGAUAUAGUGGUGGGCCAAAAAAUUCGGCUUCAUCAUCGGGUUCAUCACAAAAUUCGAAAGGAUAUUCGAUGAAUGCGGUACCACCGCCAAGUUCUCUGUCCAAUACGAGAUUUGGAAAAUUUCAGAAAGCAGGUAAUCUAACCACAUCGACAAAUCAACAGGCAUCAUCAACAACUGGACCGGCGCCAAAUGCGUUCAGCGGUUUGUCAAAACAUGGAUACAGCACAAUCAAUUCGAUUGCUCAGUUUGCCAGUUCAACACAAUAUGCACUUGGAAAACGUAAAUCCAAAACUGAGGACGAAUAUUUUGAUGACGAUGAAGAAGCAACACCUGAUUUGGCAUAUAUUCCAGCGCCGGGCAGUCCAUCAACAGCCAGCAAACCAUCACCAAGUGAUUCCGACGAUGACGACGACGACGAGGAUCCAUUGGAUGCGUAUAUGAUGGGCAUUGAAAAACAUUUGGAAAAAGAGAAAACCAAAUCAAAUACUACUUCGCAAGCGGCCAGUGUACCCAAACCUAUCAAGGGAACACGUGGAGAUAUUGACGACGAAGACGAUGAAGAGAGCUAUUACCGGUAUAUGGAAGAGAAUCCGAUGGCCGGUGUUGUUGAUGAUUCAUCAGAUGUAGAAAUUGAAUACGAUGAAGAUGGAAAUCCAAUAGCACCGCCAAGAAAACGUGAAAUCGAUCCAUUGCCGCCAAUAGACCAUGAUGACAUUUCAUAUAAACCAUUUGAAAAGAACUUUUACACACCGCACGACGAUAUAAACAAUUUAUCGCGUAGUCAACUAGAUGAACUAAGACAACAUUUGAAAAUACGCGUUUCAGGACCAUUACCACCGCGACCCGUUACAUCAUUUGCACACUUUGGAUUUGAUGACAGUCUUAUAAAAGUGAUUCGAAAGUUAGAGUAUACACAACCAACACCGAUCCAAUCACAAGCGGUGCCGGCAGCAUUGAGUGGUCGUGACAUCAUUGCUAUCGCUAAAACGGGAAGUGGUAAAACGGCAGCAUUUGUAUGGCCAAUGUUGGUUCACAUCAUGGAUCAAACGGAACUUCAACCUGGCGAUGGGCCGAUUGCCUUAAUUCUGGCACCAACUCGAGAAUUAUCCCUUCAAAUCUAUAAUGAAGCGAAAAAAUUUGGCAAAGUGUACAACAUAAAUGUGGUGUGUUGUUAUGGCGGUGGUAGCAAAUGGGAACAGAGCAAAGCGCUUGAACAAGGUGGCGAAAUUAUUGUAGCAACACCCGGUCGUAUGAUUGAUAUGAUUAAAAUGAAGGCGACCAAUUUACAACGUGUCACAUAUUUGGUGCUUGACGAAGCCGACAAGAUGUUGAACAUGGGCUUUGAGCCUCAAGUAAGAUCCAUUUGCAAUCAUGUGCGUCCAGAUCGUCAGACGCUUCUCUUUAGUGCCACAUUCAAAAAGCGUAUUGAAAAAUUGGCACGCGAAAUACUUACGGAUCCGGUGAAAAUCGUUCAAGGUGAUGUUGGUGAGGCAAAUGAGGAUGUGACACAAAUAAUGACCGUUUUUAAAAAUCCAACACUAAAAUGGAAUUGGUUGCUUGGCAAACUGGUCGAAUUUUUAUCGCAGGGCAGUGUAUUAAUAUUUGUUACAAAAAAAGCCGAUGCCGAACAAGUGGCAAACAGUUUAAGUGUACAGGAAUAUGAUUGCCUCUUAUUGCACGGUGACAUUGAUCAAUCGGAACGUAAUAAAGUUAUAACAAAAUUCAAGAAACGUGAAGUUGAUAUACUUGUAGCAACUGAUGUGGCUGCUCGUGGUUUGGAUAUUCCGCACAUUCGAAAUGUGGUGAACUAUGAUGUUGCACGUGAUAUUGAUACUCAUACGCAUCGUGUCGGUCGAACGGGUCGAGCUGGAGAAAAAGGUUUUGCAUAUACAUUGGUUACCGACAAAGACAAAGAAUUUGCUGGUCAUUUGGUGAGAAAUCUCGAAGGUGCCAAUCAAGAAGUACCCAAUGAUUUACUUGAAUUGGCCAUGCAAAGCUCCUGGUUCCGUAGCUCACGUUUCAAAAGUGGCAAAGCAAAAUCACUCAAUUACAUUGGUUUGGGAUACAAAGAAAGACCCGGAUUGGGCGCUGGUUCGAACUCUGGCUCGAGUUCAAGUGCGAGCACAAUGUCAAAUGCACCAACCUAUCAAUCGCCACCUAAAAGCUCUUCAAACAAUAAGUCUUCAUCUGGACCGGCCACAAAUCGCUUUGCCGCAAUGAGAGAGGCGUUCCGAAGUCAAUACAAUUCACAGUUCCGGGCCUCUUCUGAUCGAACAUGGCAAGAAACUGUUCCUGAAAAAGGUGUUUUCAUUGCGCCCACUUUGCCUUCUCAAAGUAAACCUUCAGAUGCUGACAGUUCAAGGUCCAAAUCGACCAAAAAGAGCCGAUGGGAUUAAAACCACAAUUCAACUUGGUUUAAUUUUUAAUUAUAAUAUGUAAACUAAUGUCGUGGUGACACUUUCUAUCAAUUAAAAAUGCUUAUAUUGAGACAAAAAUACGUGUCUGUAUCAAAUAUUUAAUGAAAAUCUAGUAUAAAAAAACGGUUCAAAAUA